AUGCCAUCAGUCCGCGGCAAGGGCCGACCGUCCCUCCGGCAGGGCCUUGAUAAAGAGGUCUUCCAAGUCAUCCGCAACCUUGUCGAUGAGCAGCCCGGCGAAAAUCCAAAUCUCUCGGUCUCCACCGUGUCCGACUGGAUCAAGCGCUCCAAUUCUUCUCUCGCAAGACGGCCUCGAAAACCGCUAGAGGACAGCAUCGAACGUGUGCUAGACGUCAUGAAGGAGGACGAAGCAAGUGGAGACGAUGAGAUGGCACCGAUUGACGCCGAUCUCGGAGACGAGCAGGAGAAGGGACAAAAGGCCGUGUCGGAAAACGCAAUGAAUGUAGCGCUGCGCGGGAAUUUGGCUAAGCAGACGGCUGCCGCCGAGGCGGCUGCGAAGAAGCGGGAUGGUCAGCGGUUGCCCGACGGACAGCCGGUAAAGAAGAAGAGGAAGGGCGAAUCGAAGACCGAGAUCAACAUCGCGACUCCGACGCACAUAAAGCUGGAGGAUUGCGGCGGUGUUGGACACGUGAAGCGCCAGUUGAAGGAGCUUCUCGUGCUACCGUUGCUCCGUCCGGAAGAGUACACUGCUGCCAAGAUUCCUAUUCCCCGUGGUGUUCUUCUGCAUGGCCCGCCAGGAUGUGGUAAGACCAUGAUUUCGAAGGCAUUUGCGGCCAAGAUGGGUAUACCGCUGAUCGAGAUCCUUGGCCCGUCUGUCGUUUCUGGAAUGUCCGGGGAGUCCGAGAAGCAAGUGAGGGAACAUUUCGAAGAAGCUCGGAAGAAUGCACCGUGUUUGCUGUUCAUCGACGAGAUCGAUGUCAUUGCUCCGAAGAGAGAUACAUCACAGAGCCAGAUGGAAAAACGUAUCGUGGCACAGCUGCUCAUUUCCAUGGAUAGUCUAGCUAUGGAAGCGAAUGAUGGCAAACCUGUCAUUGUCCUUGCUGCCACCAACAGGCCCGACAGCAUCGAUCCGGCUCUAAGACGAGGUGGUAGGUUCGACACGGAAAUCAACAUGGGUGUUCCAAAUGAAAAGAUGAGGGAAUUGAUUCUUCGGGCUCAAACACGAGAGGUCAAGGUCUCCGAUGAUGUUGAUUACACUCAAUUAGCGAAGAGAACUGGUGGAUUUGUGGGUGCCGAUCUGCGAGAUCUUGUCGGCAAGGCCGGCUCGUGGGCUAUGGAUCGUUACAGGGAAGCUCUUGAACAGCAGGGUCGGGAGGCUGAGCAAGAGAUGGAUGUCGAUGGUGGAGAGAUAAUAGGAGGAGAUGAGGAUGACAAGAGCAUCACUCGGCUUGUGCGAGUUGCCAAACGGAGAGACCUACCACGUCCAGCCGGUUUUGAAACCCUUGCUAUCACGAUGGAGGCGUUCAACACGGUUCUGCCUGGUAUUCAACCUUCCUCUAAGCGCGAGGGCUUUGCCACAGUGCCAGACACCACAUGGGAGGAUAUCGGUGCUCUGGAAGAUAUCCGCGAGGAGCUCCAGAUGGCCAUCGUUGAGCCGAUUCAGCAUCCAGACAGGUACAAGCAAGUUGGUAUUACAGCCCCAACUGGCGUAUUACUCUGGGGACCUCCGGGUUGUGGAAAGACGCUACUGGCAAAGGCUGUGGCCAACGAGUCCAAGGCCAACUUCAUCAGCGUCAAGGGACCAGAACUGCUCAACAAAUACGUCGGAGAAUCCGAGCGCGCUGUUCGCCAGGUCUUCUCCCGCGCACGCUCUUCCGUUCCAUGCGUCAUCUUUUUCGAUGAGCUCGACGCGCUCGUGCCCAAACGCAACGAUUCACAGUCCGAAGCAUCCGCCCGCGUUGUCAACACGUUGCUCACCGAGCUUGAUGGCUUGAGCACUCGUGAGGGAAUCUACCUGAUCGCUGCCACGAACCGUCCCGAUAUGAUCGAUGACGCCAUGCUGCGACCUGGCCGCUUGGAGACUAUGCUCUUCGUUGGCCUCCCCGGCCCCAGCGAGCGCGCAGAGAUCCUCAGGGCCCUCAUCAAGCGCACUCCCAUCGAUGAGCGUUAUGCAGAAUUCGCAAGGGUCUGCGAGAACUACUCGGGUGCGGAUCUGGGCAGUUUGUUGAGGCAGGCUGGCCAGAACGCGCUCAGGCGGAAGAGUGCUGAGGUCAAUCUGGAGGACUUCGAGAAGGCUCGGGAGAAGAUUGUGCCGAGUGUUGGGGAUUUGCUGAGGUAUGAGUUGUUGAAGAAGAGGCUGUCGUCGAGGGUGUAG